UUCUUUCACUCUGCGUUCCACCAUUCCUCUCCAAUUUCUGCUUAUUACCCAGAAAAUGGCAAUGCUACGAACAUUGAUGAGCUUGGCUAUUUCAGGCAUGCUCAUCAAAUUAGCCAUGGCAGCAAGUUACACAGUCGGAGGCCUAAACGGUGGGUGGGAUACAACCACCAACCUGCAAACAUGGGCAUCAUCCCAAUCAUUUGUAGUUGGAGAUAACCUAAUUUUUCAGUAUGCACCAAACCAUGAUGUGGUUGAGGUUUCGAAGGCGGACUAUGACUCCUGCCAGGCAAAUAACCCAAUUCAGUCCUACAAUGGUGGCACCACAACCAUCCCACUUUCUUCUCCAGGCAGUAGAUACUUCGUCUGUGGAACAUUGGGACAUUGCAGCCAAGGAAUGAAGGUGGAAAUAGACACUCUUGCAGCAUCAGCUCCAACAACCGCAUCUCCUCCAGCAAUCCCACCGGCUUCCUCGGUGACUCUGGUUCCUACUCCAGCUCCAGAAAGUUCUACUUCCUCACCAGCACCAGUACCAGCACCAGAAUCAACUUCCCCGCAGCUGCUCACUCCAUCACCAUCUGACUCACCUUUGGGUAGUCCUGCAUCAUCCUCUAUUAUUCCUUCAACUGAAUCCACUCGAACCUCUUCAAGUGGAUCUUCAACUGAACCACCUCCCCCAUCAGCAGCUCACAAAGAUAGUUUCCUUGUCAUCAUGACAAUGGGGUUAAGCCUUUUUGUAAUGAUGAUGCUUCAGGCAUACUAA